AUGCGUCAAGAAUCCAAUCGAUGUGUCUGCGAUUUUAUUACUAAUCUGUCUCUGGCCAUCCAGGACUGUGGGUAUAAAGAGAUCGAGGCAGACAACUUCGAGCACGCAAUGCCCGUUCAGCAGUUGAUCGUCGGUCUGCGCGAUGAAAAAGCUCGGGAAAAUCUCUUAUCAGAGAAGAAGGAUUUGUCAUGGGAGAAAGCCUGUGAUAUUGCCAGUCAUCGGGAGCGUGUGCGGCAAAACCUUCAGCAGCUGAAUCAGUCAAACGAUGGAGUGAUAGCAUCCUUGGCAUCUGAAAUGGCUGGCUCCCUGGUCAACACUGCCGCGUCUUCACCUAGACAGCCACCAUCAGCUCCCUCAAAAUAA